CCUCCUCUUUCUCUCCCACCUGCGAAAGCUGAGGGAGAUCAACAAACGAAGCCAAAGCCCUAACCCGAAUAAUUUUAUCGGAUCACGUGACUUCGGAUAUUUGGAUCCGGAUCCGAGUCAUUUCCAUAACCUAGCUUUUGUAAGAGAGAAAAACCAGACAAAACCAAACCCUAAGAUUGCCGAUCUGAAUCUUGAAUUUGUUCGUGGAGCUCUGAUUUGAGUUCCCAAGCCAUGACUCGACGGUGCUCCUAUUGCUGCCACAAUGGACACAACUCGAGGACGUGCCCGAAUCGUGGAGUUAAGCUGUUCGGGGUCCGGUUGACUGACGGGUCGAUCCGAAAGAGCGCCAGUAUGGGGAACCUUAGCCACUAUGCUGGGUCGGGUUCGGGUGCUCUACAGGGCGGGCCUAAUGUUCCGGGUUCUCCUGGUGACACUCCGGACCACGGUGCUGCUGCCGAUGGUUACGCCUCUGAGGAUUUCGUUCCCGGGUCGUCUUCCAGUUGUCGUGAGAGGAAAAAAGGUGUUCCUUGGACUGAGGAGGAACAUAGGAUGUUUCUACUUGGAUUGCAGAAACUUGGGAAAGGUGAUUGGCGUGGAAUUGCUCGGAACUAUGUUAUCUCACGGACACCUACCCAAGUGGCAAGCCAUGCUCAGAAAUAUUUCAUUAGGCAAACUAAUGUAUCCAGGAGAAAAAGACGAUCGAGCUUGUUUGAUAUUAUAGCAGAUGAAUCGGCUGAUGCUUCGAUGGUGCCUCGGGACUUCUUGUCUGUCAACCAUCCACAGCCAGAAAUUCAAAGUGAUAACACCUUGCCUGAUCCUCCUGCUCUUGAUGAAGAAUGUGAAUCAAUGGAUUCUACCAACUCAAAUGAUGGAGAACCUGCACUUCCACAGCUUGAUAAUAGCUCACAGUCCUGUUAUCCGGUGAUAUAUCCUGCAUAUAUCUCUCCAUUUUUCCCAUUUCCAGUUCCUAUGUGGUCAGGAUAUGAUAAUGACACAGAAGUAAACAAGGAGACUCAUGAGGUGCUGAAGCCAACAGCAGUUCAUUCGAAGAGCCCAAUCAAUGUUGAUGAGCUUGUAGGCAUGUCCAAACUGAGUUUAGGAGAGUCUAUUGGUCAUGAUGGCCCCUCACCACUUUCUCUGAAGCUGCUUGAUGGCUCUUCUAGGCAGUCCGCAUUCCAUGCAAAUCCUGGCUCUAGCAGUUCAAACAUGAAUUCUAGUGGCAGCCCAAUCCAUGCAGUUUAAAUGGAAGUGAUCCCUAAACUAGGAUUGUAGAUCAGCCAAGUGGUGAUAAGCACUACAGGUUACUGUUAAUACAAGACUAAUAAUAUGUGCAGUCUGGUUUGGCUUUCCGUCUUAAUUUUUCUUUGUGGGAUCGAACUAAUAAAUCUAGCUUCUUUUUCAUUUUUCUUAUUUUUAAACUUUCUUUAGGUAUUGGGCUUUAGGCUAUUUAGUAUAGUUUUGUCUUGAAAAGAAGAAAAAAAAAGGAUUUGAGUCUGUCCUUUGCGUCUGCUCCCUUAGUUAUUUGUUUAUAGUCUUCAUUCAGAUCUCAAGUGUUGCUUAUGUAGGUUGGUAGACCAUUCACUUGGUUAUUACCAAUUUCACAUUCUCCAUGAACUCAUGUAUAUUUUCCUAUCUUAUAUACAACAAGUAGUACCAAGGGCAGUCGCAAUCAAA